UAGUGCUGUGACAACAUAUCUGGUUAUACUUAUACAAUUCAACAAAUGAUCUUAAACUCAUGAUUGUUUGAAAAUAUAUCUAGUUUAAUUUGAAAUCGAAUUCACGAAAGACCAACUUUUUUUCUCGUGGCAUACAAGUCAACCCAUCCAUCAAAACAAAAUGGUGCGUGAUUACCCACCCUUCACUGGCAUAUGAAUAUUUGAGUUUGUUUUUCACCGACUGUUGUUUGUGAAAAAUGUGGAAAUAUUCAAUAAAGUUCAUUACGAGACUCACACGAUUUGUUUUAUUUGAAUUUGUUGGAAAUGGUGGAGUCUAAAAUGAUUAUAUCAGCUCCAGUUUUCGAGUACUUAAAACCGACAAUUUUUUUCAUGCGACUGUUUGGUUUGGCUCCCAUUUCUUACCAACAAAUCAGGAAGUAUUACGUAGUGGAAAAAUCUAGAAAAUUCACUGUUUAUAGCUAUGCCUUAGGGAUAAUUUUGAGUAAGGAAUAACCUACACUCUACAACUUGUUUCUGUAACUUUUCUGUAAUAGGCACUGUAACUGUUUUUGGACUUUUCAACGAUGCAGUUUCCGAGAAUUCUCUACGUAUGAACUUACCAAAUCAAAGAGUUGUGGUGAUAACAGAUAUAGGAAUCAUAGUCUGUAGUGUUUUAUCUGCAGUAUUGGCAAGCCCAUACAAACUGGAUCAGCUUCUCAAUCUUCUGAGAUGUUUUCACAAAAUAAACUCAAUCAUGAACGAACCAAAAAUCAAUUUGAAAAGGGAAAAACAAACAGUUUUAACGAUCGCAGUAACAGUUUUCACAAUUUUUCUCUUGGUGUUCGCUCUGGACAUUUACAGUUGGUUGGAUAGGUUUAAGAGGAAGGAAGAUGGUCCUAUGUAUUUGCAAAAUUACUCCACUUUUUACGUUAUGUAUCUGGUUGUUAUGAGUCAAGAGGUAUCCUACUGCAAUUUCACGUACUACGUGAAAAAACGCAUAGUAGCUUUGAAUGCUGCCAUUCUGAAAGAGAUCAACAGGAAGCCAGAGGUGUUUUUGCAAAAAACAGAAGCUAAAAGGUAUCCUGAUUCUAAAAUGCUGAUAGGAUCGGACGGUGAUGUUCUGGAGAAUUACAUAUUGACCGGAAAAACCUAUUCUGCAAUAACCGAGCUCACACCUCAGAAGAUCAGCAAUUUCAUCAGGGUACAUGCUGAGAUAUAUACCUCAGUCAAUCACAUAAAUGACUGUUUUGGUUAUCCUCUUCUAUUCAUAAUGACGAGCUGUCUGAUACAUCUGGUCAUCACCCCUUAUCUUUUUAUAACUGGACAUAACGUCAAACCUCUCUUCAUCAUCCUGCAAGUUGUUUGGAUCACUGUCCACAUUGGUAGACUGAUUAUCAUUGUGGAACCUACUCACAGGUGUCUUGAAGAGUACGAGAAGACCAACCCCCUAGUAGUACAUCUGAUGAGCAAAGUGGAUAAUAAAGAGGUCAAAGAAAAGCUAGAGAUUUUAGCCCUACAAGGCCAACUUUGCAUAGUUCAUUUCACUUCUUGUGGUAUAGUCAACAUCAGAAGGUCCAUUUUGGCUUCAAUAGCCAGUGCAGUUACUACAUAUCUGGUUAUAAUGAUCCACUACGCCUUAGGAAUAAUUUUGUGCACUGUAACUCUGCUAGGACUUCUCAGAGAUGCAACUUCUGAAAAUUCGCUUCGUAUGAAACAACCCAAUCAAAGGGCAGUGGUGAUAACAGACAUUGGAAUCAUAGUCUGUAGUGUAUUGUUUGGUGUUCUAGCUAGUCCUUAUAAACUGAGUCAGCUACUCGAUCUUUUGAAAUGUUUUCAAAAAAUGAAUUCAAUCAUGAACGAACUGGAAAUAAAUCUGAAGAAGGAAAAACAAACAGCUCUAAAAAUGUAUCUCAUAGUUUUCUCAAUAUUUCUCCUGGUUAUCGUUUUUGACCUCUACAUGUGGCUGGAUUGGUUGAAACCAGAAGACGAUGUUAUUUACUUACAGGAUUACUCAACUUUUUACGUAUUGUUUACUAUGGUUAUGGGCCAGGAGGUCUCUUAUUGCAACUUCACAUAUCACCUGAAAAACCGUAUCAUGGCUUUGAAUUCUGCUAUCCUACAAGAGAUCAAGAGAAAGCCAGUUGUGAAAAAUUCUCCAGAGGAGAAAUUUCCGAUAGGAGACGUAUUGGAGAAUUAUAUAGUGACCAAAAAAUCUCAAUUUGCUAUGAAAGAAAUUACACCUGAGAAGAUCAUUGAUUUAACUAGGAUACAUACUGAGAUAUACACCUCAGUCAACCACAUAAAUGGCUGUUUUGGUUACCCUCUUCUAUACGAAAAGAUCAAUCCUCUAGUUGUUAAUUUACUGGGCAAAGUGGACAAUAAAGAGGUCAAACAGAAGCUAGAGGUCUUAGUCUUACAAGGUCAAAUUUGCAAAAUCCAUUUCACCUCUUGUGGUAUAGUGACCAUAAGAAGAUCUAUACUAGCUUCAGUAAGAUGAAAUACCUUUGUACCAAAACUGACGCAAGAUAUUUCAAGUACUUUUCUACUUUCAGAUAGCCAGUGCAGUUACCACAUAUCUCGUUAUAAUGAUUCAACUGAACCCUUAAGAAAGAAGAACUUCAACAAUUAAAUCUUCAACUUGUUCAUAUUUCCUGUAUCAAUAUUGUGAAAUAAAUGUGAAACACAACUAUAAAUCACUCAA